AUGGCGCUGUUCCAGACAGUCCUUGUAGCUGCCCUGUGCACGGCGGUGGCGCUGGCCGGUGCGGCAGCCCCCACCUACCCACAAUACACGGCUGAUAUCAUCAUCGAGCUCCCUUACAUUGGCCUUACCGAGCCGGUUUUCAUUGCCUUUGAUGGCCAUGCGGGCCGCAGCCGCGUCGAGUACUACAACGGUCCGUUCGUUUGCUCACACGUUGGCCUUUUCGCCCCAUUUGGCGCAGGCCAGGAUGAGGUGCCCGAGCACACAAACGAGCGCGGCAACUUUGAUGCCUGCUUCCUCACCAACGGCACCGCUGAUUCCCCCAUCGACGUCCUCAGCCUCAUCCCCGACCUGAGCGACGCCUAUUUGAUCGGCAACACCACGUACCGCGGCCAGCCCGCCAUCCACUACUCGUUCUCUUACACUGUGGGCGCCAAGAACAACCAAUACGACUUUUACUUUAGCGCCGUCUCCAACUACCCCCUUGGCUUUGAGAUGAUGGGGCACGAUGAUCUGAUCGGUAGCCACUACGAUCAGUACCGCGUCAUCUAUUCCACCUUCAAGCCUUCAGUCAAUGCCUCGGCCGCCUAUUUUGAGCCUCGUGCCGACUUGGACUGCGGUGACUUCCCGGGUCAGCACACGGCGCCGCUUUCAUCCUUGCACAAUUCAACUCUCAUUCUCAACUUUUGUCACGUGGACGCCGAGUAUGAACUGCACAAGGCCCAGUUCAACAAGACCUACGACGACGCUGUGGAGCACCAGCAACGCCGCCACAACUUUAUGCACAACAAGCGUUACAUCGAGAGCAAGAAUCGUGCCGGCCUCACCUACAAGCUUGCGAUUAACCAUCUUGCCGAUUGGCAUGAUGAAGAGUUCAAGGCCCUGCGUGGUACCUACAGCACUCCACAUCUCGCUGAAUCUCGCCGUUGCCCUCUUGAUAACUUGCAGCGUGAAAUGAUUCCCGAGGACAAAUCCAUGGCUCGUCCCACCUUCGUGGACUGGCGUGAGCAGGGCGCUGUCACUGAGGUCAAGGACCAAGCCAUCUGCGGCUCAUGCUGGAGCUUUGGUACGGCCGAGUCGAUCGAAGGCCAGGUGGCUAUUCAAAAGGGUAUCCUCCAACCCCUGUCUCAGCAGUCUCUAAUGGACUGCAGCUGGUCCUACGGCAACAACGCGUGCGAUGGCGGCGAGGCUUUCCGUGCUUACGAGUGGAUCAUGGAGAAUGGCUUCAUCCCGACUGCGGCCAGCUAUGGCCUCUACCAGGGUGCUGAUGGCGUUUGCCAUAGCAAGGGCACGACUCCUGGCGCAACCCUUGCCACUUACGUCAAUGUUACCUCAGCUGACAUGAACACUGUCCUGGAUACCCUGGCCACCAAGGGUCCUCUCGCCAUUGCUAUUGACGCUUCGCUGCGUUCUUUCAACUUUUACAGCUCGGGUGUCUAUUACGACGCGGACUGUGGUAAUACCACUGACGCUCUUGACCACGCCGUUCUGGCUGUUGGCUAUGGCACUGACGCAUUGGGCAACGAUUACUGGAUCGUCAAGAACAGCUGGUCCACGCACUAUGGCGACAACGGUUACAUCCUCAUGUCGCGCAAGGACAACAACUGCGGUACGGUGCAAGAGUGUUGUGACUGA